CAAUCUGGAGCAGCUCUGAAAGCAAAACACUUUCAUUUACGCACUUAUUGUAGGGGACAAGAGGGAUUAACGGUACAAUGUUCGAGACAUAAUUCUCUUUCCGGAGCACAUUUUAGGAAUAAACGUGACAAGCUUGUCUGCCACAACAAUGCACAUGUCGAUAGUUAACCUCUGCAAGCCUGUACUUCAUGGAUACUUCAGAAGCUCCUGCUCCUGGAGGGUUCGCAUCGCUUUUGCUCUCAAGGGAGUUGAAUAUGAGCAGAUCCCAGUCAAUCUAAUCCAGGAUGGAGGUCAGCAGCACACAGACAAGUACAAAACGUUAAACCCAAUGCGUCAAGUGCCCGCUGUGGAAAUCGACGGCAUCACCCUCACUCAGUCACUGGCAGUGAUCCAGUACGUUGAUGAGACCAGGCCGGGACCUCGUCUUCUUCCAGCUGACCCCAAGAAGCGCGCCCAGGUCCGGGUGAUUAGCGACCUGAUUGCCUCAGGGAUACAGCCUCUGCAGAAUUUAUCCGUGAUCCAGAAAAUUGGAGCUGACAAGGCGCAAUGGUCUCAGCAUUUUAUUGACCGUGGUUUUGAGGCUCUUGAGCCGAUUCUGAAGGAAACAGCAGGAAAGUAUUGCGUUGGUGAUGAGAUCUCCAUGGCGGACAUCUGUCUGGUCCCACAAGUCUACAAUGCAGAGAGGUUUAAAGUGGACAUGGGGAAGUACCCAACAAUCAAGAGGUUGAAUGAGACCCUGCUGGAGCUGGAAGCCUUCAAAGUGAGCCACCCGUCCCGCCAACCAGACACACCUGCUGAUCUGCGCGCCUGAAACCAGCAGCUCAGUGCCAUCCUCUGCAAAGUUUUGAAUAAAAAGCUGCUAAAGCAAGUUGCUUCUGAACGGUUUCUGCUUAAAAAAAAAGUUUACCUUUAUUCAUUAAAU